UUGUUGGAUUAUCACCGUUAAAUGUAACCGCGUUCAUCAUUGAUAGAAACAUUGUGUUCCUAAUAGUGAAUUUUGACAGGUGUGUUACGCGUUUUAAUGCACAGAAGUUGCUGAUAACGAAUGACAAUGAUGAUGCGGUGAGGAUUUUAUCAAUCGCGAAACGGCCAUUUUGCUGGUAUUCGCGCAGAGCACGAAUAGGCGACGACGACGACAGGAUAGUAGGACUACCCCUACCGACGAAAAAAAAACGGGCAGAAGGUGGUGGCAAUUGAACGUCGCCUGCGGGACGCAGUUGAUAGAGAGAAAAAUCCCCGAACAGUGUUCGUGUUUCCUGGUGCGUGUGUGAUCGCCAAAUUGGCGAUAGUGAAUAGUUGAAAAUAAUGGCAGGGAACGUGGGUAUGGAGCAAUUGAUCCCAAUUGUGAAUAAACUCCAGGAUGCAUUCACGCAACUUGGAGUUACAAUGCAAUUGGACCUGCCGCAAAUUGCAGUCGUUGGAGGUCAAAGUGCGGGCAAAAGUUCUGUCCUGGAGAACUUUGUUGGAAAGGACUUUUUGCCGAGAGGUUCAGGAAUCGUAACCAGAAGGCCACUUAUUUUACAAUUGAUCAACAGUCACACUGAAUAUGGAGAAUUUCUACAUUGUAAAGGAAAGAAAUUUGUGGAUUUCGAUGAAAUUCGCAGAGAGAUCGAGGGGGAAACUGACAGAAUUACUGGCGGCAACAAAGGAAUUUCUAAUAUUCCUAUUAACUUGCGAGUUUAUUCUCCUAAUGUUCUUAACUUGACCCUCAUUGACUUGCCUGGUCUGACAAAAGUACCAAUAGGAGAUCAACCGGUGGAUAUUGAAGCACAAAUUAAAGGAAUGAUAUUUCAAUUUAUUAAGCGUGAAAAUUGUCUUAUAUUGGCAGUUACGCCAGCCAAUACUGAUUUAGCAAACAGUGAUGCCCUAAAACUUGCCAAGGAAGUUGACGCGCCAGGUGUUCGUACUAUUGGUGUCAUUACAAAAUUAGAUCUUAUGGACGAUGGCACCGAUGCUCGGGAUAUUUUGGAAAAUAAGUUACUUCCCUUACGUAGGGGUUAUAUUGGAGUAGUGAACAGAAGUCAAAAAGACAUUGAGGGACGUAAGGACAUUAAAGCUGCUUUGGCAGCUGAACGAAAAUUCUUCCUCAGUCAUCCUUCAUAUCGACAUUUAGCUGACAGAUUAGGAACUCCUUAUUUACAACGAGUUUUAAAUCAACAAUUGACAAAUCAUAUUAGGGAUACACUUCCUGCUUUACGAGAUAGACUGCAAAAGCAGAUGCUGACUUUGGAAAAAGAUGUGGAACAGUACAAACACUUUAGACCAGAUGAUCCUUCAAUCAAGACAAAAGCUAUGUUACAAAUGAUACAAUCGUUGCAAUCGGAUUUCGAGAGGACUAUCGAGGGUUCCGGUUCCGCGCAAAUCAACACAAUGGAACUUAGUGGCGGUGCAAAAAUCAAUCGAUUAUUCCACGAGCGCUUUCCAUUUGAAAUUGUUAAAAUGGAAUUCGACGAGAAGGAACUUCGAAGGGAAAUUGCUUUCGCAAUUAGAAAUAUUCAUGGUAUCAGGGUUGGACUCUUCACUCCCGACAUGGCUUUUGAAGCUAUAGUUAAAAAACAAAUAAAUAGGCUCAAAGAGCCAAGUCUUAAAUGUGUGGAUCUAGUCGUGCAGGAACUUAGCAAUGUUGUGCGCAUUUGUACAGAUCGGAUGUCACGUUAUCCUAGAUUAAGGGAGGAGACGGAGAGAAUCAUAACGACACAUGUGAGGCAACGCGAGCAAAUGUGCAAGGAGCAUUUAAUUCUUUUAGUUGAUUGCGAACUCGCAUACAUGAACACAAAUCACGAAGACUUCAUUGGAUUUGCCAACGCGGCAGCCAGUAUGUAUAAUUCAAGCGCUCAACAGUCUUCCGAAAAUUCAGUGAAAACUGGACGUCAUACUUUGGGCAAUCAAGUCAUUCGGAAGGGAUACAUGUGCAUUCAUAAUUUAGGAAUUAUGAAAGGUGGCUCAAGAGAUUAUUGGUUCGUUCUCACUUCGGAAAGCAUCUCCUGGUUUAAAGAUGAAGAGGAACGAGAGAAGAAAUAUAUGUUGCCGCUGGAUGGCUUGAAACUUCGUGAUUUGGAGCAGGGCUUUAUGUCACGACGUCACUUGUUCGCUCUUUUCAAUCCCGAGGGAAGAAACGUUUACAAGGAUUAUAAACAAUUGGAAUUGAGUUGCGAGACUCAGGACGAUGUCGAUUCGUGGAAAGCGUCAUUCCUCAGAGCCGGUGUUUAUCCCGAGAAACAGACAGAACAAGCUAAUGGCGAAGGCGAGGGUGGCUCGGAAGCACAAUCGUCAAUGGAUCCUCAAUUGGAGCGACAAGUGGAGACUAUUAGAAAUUUGGUUGAUUCCUACAUGAAAAUUGUCACAAAAACAACGCGCGAUCUCGUUCCAAAAACAAUAAUGCAUCUUAUUAUCAACAAUGCAAAGGAUUUCAUUAAUGGAGAAUUAUUGGCACAUCUCUACGCAAGUGGAGAUCAGUCGUCGAUGAUGGAGGAAUCGCCGGAAGAGGCACAAAAACGUGAGGAAAUGCUUCGUAUGUAUCAUGCUUGCAAGGAAGCUCUUCGAAUUAUCGGCGAUGUGUCAAUGGCGACAGUUUCAACGCCAGUGCCUCCUCCGGUCAAAAACGACUGGUUGGCAUCGGGUGAAAAUCCAAGGUUAUCGCCACCGUCACCGGGUGGACCGAGACGAGGAGUUUCACAACCUGCGCCACCAGCGAGUUCACGAGCUCCACCUCCAGUGCCAGCCGGUGGUCGUCCAGCACCUGCAAUUCCAAAUCGACCCGGACCUGGCGGCGCACCACCCUCUCGGGGAAAUCCUGGUCUACCUCCUCCCCUCAUACCAUCUCGCGGGGGUCCGGGUGGUCUGCAGCAGAGAGUAACGCAAGCUGCUACCCAGGCUGCUACGAAUGCUGCUGUGAACGAGCUGAUGGAUGCUUUCAGGAUGAAGCGUCCUGUACCCACUAUUCCUCCCCGAAUUCCUGACAGACCGUAUUCUGGACGACUUAAUUGAGCUAGAAACCUCAAUUCCUGUGUGCACCGACUGUACCUGCGACGAUAAAUUUUUGUCGUGGAAAUAAAAAACAAAAAAAAAGAGUUGCCGGAUAUUCCAGCCAAGGAGGUUUUUUUUCCGAGAGACAUCAGCCUCCACACAAGUCCAGGUGAAUUUUCUGAUGCUUAGAGAAGAUGAGAUGGAAUCGAAGAAGAAUGGAUGAGAGAAAAAAAAAGGCACGUGAUAGAAAAUGCGAGAUUAUAAAUGGUAAAAAAAAAAAAGAAAA